CUCACCAAUUUCAUCAACCGUGGUCACAAUAGCUCGAGCACUCGAGCGCGCCACGCCAUGUGCCUUGACGCGGCCGCCUAUCCACACAUCCUCGAUGCCGUGCUCGCCUACGCGCCACGGGAGGUGCUGAUCACACUGCGCGGCGUAUCGCACGAGCUGCGCGACCGCGCCGACGCCAUCUUGUGCCGGCACAUCCUCUUCACAAGCUACUCGCCGAACGAGAUCUUCGGCAAGACCGGGCGCAUUCCUGGCCUCUGGCCCGCCGGCUGGAAAGAGGAGGGCGAGGCGCGUGUGCUCUCGCACGCGCGCGUCGCCGACAUCGUCGGGCCCUUCGGGGCGCCGGACGCGCGCGCGCGCCAAAUCGCUAGCGCGUGCGCGCUCGACGCCGUCCGGCUACGGCACCAUCCAGCAGGGCCGCUGUCGAGCGUGUGCCCCCUCCCCGCGCCCCUCCUCGCGACGUUCACGACGUUCGCCGAAGUCGGGAGCUGGGACCACCCGGCCGUCGCGGACGUCGGGCCGGUGCCCGACGGCGUGGAGACGCUGGUCGUGAAUCUGCGGUACGACCCCGGGCGCUCGUGGAUGCCGCAGGCGCAUGUGCCGCCGCUCGCGCGCCCGCGCUCGCUCCGCCGCGUCGUGCUCGUGUUCACGGAGAAGACGACGCACCAGGAAGAAGAGGUGUGGUUCCGCCGCGCGAGCAAGCCCAUGGGACUGCUCAACUCGCUCGUCCUCGGCAUGACGAUGGCGCUGCCACGCGGCGUGAGGUAUACCCUUGUCGACGCGGAGACGCUGCGGCCCGAAUGGCUAGGGUGCGACGGCACGGGCGCGGCCGUCCACCGCGCACCCGGCGCUAUAGAGGCCGCUGUGAAGGCUAGUGUUGCGGCGGGGGUGAUGCGUUGGGAGCGGUGGAGUGACGAGCAAGCUGCCGAGGCGGUGCAGGCAAUCGAGUUCCGCACGCGCGCAGAAUACCGCGCUGAAAUUGGCGAGGCGGCGUUUGAGCUGCACACUAUUGAAUAGUGUGGGAUGAAGUACGAGAGCCGCCUCGCGCCUCGUUACGCACCCGACCUCCGCGACCUUCAUCGCGACUGGAGGUGGCUCGUCUCGAGGUCCCACAUCCUACACUUUAGAACGGAUGGGUCGUGGGUCGCACGAGCAGCAUCUCCUCCCCGUGCACGUCGUCUCUCACUGGUACAAGGCGCAUUGCGGCACAUGGUAGAGAUGAAAGUAAAUCUGCAGGGUGCAGCACAUGCUUUGAUACUACAGAGUAGCCUUGCCAAGUCGGUGCUCGGGAGCGGUCCGUCAUGAUUCCUGUAGAAGAAAUGCCGUCCAGCGCAAUCUCGGGAUUGUAGAAUUGAGCGCCAGUGGAACACACCGGAUAAGCAGGCGUAUGUCC